AUGGAGCAAACAAAACAAGCAAAAAAACUGGCGGAAGCAGACGACGACCAACAAACUGUUCCCAAGGUCAGAACUUACAUCUCCUCUUUGCUGCAAAGAGUGGCUGAGUCUAAUGACAAGCGCCGCCUGUUCCAGUCCCAGAAGAUGUCUGUUUUCCAUGGACUUACCAGGCUAACUACAUCCAUCACAACCUAUCUCCACAGGAUCUUUAAGUACGAAAAUUGCAGCCCUUGUUGUUUUGACGUUGCUUACGUUUAUCUUGACCGCUUUAUGCAAAUGCACCCAUCUUUGCCUCUCGAUUCUUUUAAUGUACAUAGGCUGCUUAUAACCAGUGUUUUGGUUUCUGCCAAGUUCAUGGAUGACAUAUGUUACAACAAUGCAUAUUAUGCCAAAGUGGGAGGCAUCAGCACUGAGGAGAUGAACAUCCUUGAGGUGGAUUUCUUAUUUGGUUUGGGGUUCCCAUUGAACGUAAAACCUGACACCUUCCGCACCUACUUUUUUCUCCAAAGGGAAAUGCGGUUGCAACCCCCCCCCCCUUUACAAGUUUUGGCAGAACCUUACCAAAACAUUAAUAAUGGGAGACCUCUCAAGAUCCACUGCUGUUUCAACGAUGAUGAAUCCACCCAUCAGCAGCAACUUGCUGUUUAAACUGAUAUUUUAUCAUUGGUGGUGGAUUACUGGAAAUACAUGACCAACAAAAGAUGUUGGCUCAAGUUAAAAUGGAGCUGACAUUAGGAAAAUUACCACAUUGAUGUCAGUUUUAUAGAUCGGAUGUCAAAAAUCUCAUUUUGGUGUAAAUGUGACUUUUCGGGGCAUGUUUGGAUUA